AUGGCCCCCUCCGCAUCAAAACAAAAGCGUCUCGCAGAAAAGGCCGCAAAGCAGGCAUCCAAGGGCAAGUCUGAUGCGUCCACAUCGACCGCGACUGCCUCCUCCGUCAAUGGCAGCUCCGUGAACACGCCCUUGACCAGUGUCUCGGCUGCGACCAGCCAGGAAGACCUCACGUCCAUGGCCAAGCUUCAGAUUGCGACCGAUAGGAGUGCAGCAGGUGUACUCGUCUCUGACCCCAAGGGCCGCGAUAUCAAGAUUGAUUCCUACACAUUGUCUUUCCACGGCCGAUUACUCAUCGAGGGUGCCGAGAUCUCACUGAACUACGGUCAACGGUAUGGGUUGCUCGGUGACAAUGGCUCAGGAAAGUCGACCUUCCUCCAGUCCAUUGCAGAACGCGAUAUCGAGAUCCCCGAGCAUAUUGACAUUUACCUCGUCAGCGGUGAGGUCGAGCCCUCAGACGUGAACGCGGUCGACUAUAUCGUCGCUUCCGCCAAGGAAAAGGUUGCGAAGCUCGAACAGCGCAUCGAAGACCUCUCCGUUGCAGACGAGAUCGACGAAGCUGCACUCGACGCGACAUACGAAGAGCUCGAGGAGAUGGAUCCCAACACCUUCGAGGCGAAGGCGGGCAGCAUCCUCCACGGUCUCGGUUUCAGUACGCAGAUGAUGGCGCGCCCGACCAAGGAUAUGAGUGGUGGCUGGCGUAUGCGUGUCGCUCUCGCCCGUGCGCUCUUCGUCAAGCCGCACCUGCUCUUGCUGGAUGAGCCGACGAACCAUCUCGAUUUGGAGGCGGUCGUCUGGCUCGAGGCCUACCUCUCGAUGUACAACCACAUCCUUGUGAUCACGUCGCAUUCGCAGGACUUCAUGGACACCGUGUGCACGAAUAUCAUGGACCUCACGAUGAAGAAAAAGCUGGUGUACUAUGGUGGUAACUACUCGACGUACGUCCGGACGAAGCAAGAGAACGAGGUCAACCAGAUGAAGGCGUACCAGAAGCAGCAGGACGAGAUUGCACACAUCAAGAAGUUCAUUGCUUCGGCCGGUACGUAUGCCAACCUCGUCAGGCAGGCCAAAUCGAAGCAGAAGAUUAUCGACAAGAUGGAGGCUGCUGGUCUCAUUGAAAAAAUUGAGGUGCCCAGGCCGCUGCGUUUCAACUUUGAGGACAUCUCGAAGCUUCCUCCUCCAAUCCUUGCCUUCAACGAGGUUGCGUUCGCCUACUCAGGCAAGAAAAGCGACUACCUGUAUCAAGGCCUUUCCUUUGGUAUCGACAUGGAGUCUCGCGUAGCCAUUGUCGGACAGAACGGUACCGGCAAGUCGACACUACUUAACCUGAUCACGGGCGCGCUACAGCCCAGUGAGGGCACGGUCUCACGGCACGUCAACCUCAAGCUGGCCAAAUACUCGCAGCACUCGGCAGACCAGCUGCCGUAUAUGAAGGCGCCAAUCGAGCACUUCCAGUCGCUCUACGCUGAGAAGUACCCUGACAAAGACCUCCAGGCGUGGCGCGCUCAGUUGGGCCGUUUCGGUCUUUCGGGUUCGCACCAGACGUCCCCGAUCAAGCAGCUCUCAGACGGCCUGCGAAAUCGUGUGGUCUUUGCGCAGCUCGCGAUGGAGCAUCCGCAUAUCCUCCUUCUGGAUGAGCCCACGAAUCACUUGGACAUGGCCUCGAUCGAUGCGCUCGCCACUGCGAUCAAGGAAUUCGAGGGCGGUGUGGUGAUUGUAUCUCAUGACUUCCGAUUGAUCUCCCAGGUCGCCGAGGAGCUGUGGGAGGUCAAGGACCGCAAGAUCAAGAACCUGACAAAGGAAGGCAUCACGAUCGUUGAUUACAAGAAGAUGUUGGCGAAGAACAGCUACGCGUCGCUGGAGAAGGCGAAGCUGUUCAGCAAGACGACGAGCAAGACAAAGGGCGCUACCUAA